AUGAAGCAAAUAUUAGGAAUCAGAAAGACUGUCAAGUCAGUGUUUUCAAUAAUAUAUAUGAUCCAGGUGAUAUUAACAGUACCGUUGUCAUUUGAGGUAGGAGGUAAUAAGUGUGGUCUAGCAUUCACAUUCACUUUGUGUCUAUUAUAUGCCACUUUGAACACCUUGAGGAUUUUAUCGAUGUUGUUAUCAACCAAUUCCUCUACCUACAAGAAAUUCAAAUCCCUUAGGUAUUUGUUCUACCUCCAGCAUUUGUUCAUUCCUUCUUUGUUGAUUUUCUUUUUGAGUAUCUUCACAAACUCUUAUGGCAUCAAGUCAUUUUAUAAUUUUGAUCUCAGUGUGGCUUUUUCUAAUUCUGGUAAAUUGACAUUAAUCAACCACAAAUUUCAAAAGUUCUUGGAAUAUUACAUCUUUAUAUGGAAUUUCUCCAUCAAGAACUUGACCGCAUUGUUCAUAUUAUUAGAAGGGGUUUGCUCGUUGCUAUUGAUACAGGCCAUCGGCAAAUCAUUCAAUUGGUUGAUCUACAAAUCCAAUGACGAGCUUAAAAGUUCUAGCACCCACGCCCCAACCCCCACAUCCCCAACAACAAGCCGUAACGACUACAAGGUACUAUUGAAUUUGCUCAUUAGUGGGACCACGUUAACUAUCUCAUUUUACUUUUUGUACAAUAUCUUCAUCAUACCCAACUUGGAAAUCAAUUUGUUAUCAUCAACCUUGUUGGGCUCAAUAAUCACGUAUUGUCUAGGUUUAUCAUUAUUUGGGAUAUUAUCUUCCAAAGGAAAUUUGAUUGAAUCUGUGUUAAUCUUCUCUUAUAUUGUGAAGUGCAUUUACCAAACGUUCCCAGAGUUGACAACUUCCACAAACGAUCAAUUCAAUGAAUGGAUCACCAAAACCAGUUCAAACUUCAAAAAAGAAUUUGACAAUAAUAUUCUUAGUUUAACUAGCUCAGAUUUAUUCACUAAAAACUUUUUCAUCAGUUUUUACCAAUCGAAUUUCAAACAGUUCUUCAUUCCGAUGGAUGGUGAUGAAUCUAUAUACACUAAAUUCAUUGGGAAGACUUUCAAUGACGCUCCAAUAAUAAAUUCAAAUAUUCAUCACUCAACUUUUGCACUGAUAAUGAAUAAUUUCAAGAUGUUUUCCAAGAUGCUAACGUUAAAUUUGACAAACUCCUUUUUCUCGUUGUUUGUAUAUAUGGUAGAUGCAGUUAAAUAUUUGAAAGUGCUGUUGAUUUUUGAUCUCGCAUACAGAAUAUUGGUGUUUUAUGCCGCUACCAGAAUCAUUCCAGCAUUGAAGCUGUCGAUCCAGAAUGGUUCUUUAUCAACCAGUUUUAUUCCUCAUGCAGAGCCCGAGGUUGAUUCUGAGGAAAUCAUUUCAGAUAAUGCUAUUCCAAACAAUAGCGAUAUCAAUAAUGAUGGAGAAGUAGAAGAUAUCCAAGAAUUGAAUGAGAAUUUGUAUACUGAUCCCCAACCAGAUGUGUUUUCCUUAUCCUCAUCAUCUACCACAACUACAACUGCCAUACCCAAUGCAAGCGUUCCAUUGCUUAGGCAGAAAUCACACAACAAAAUGAAUCACAAAAUACAAAACAAUCCCCACAGCAAACCUUUGGACAAAGUCCGUUUAAUAUACUCGUAUUCCCCUUGUGUGAUUAUAGCCGUUUACACAAACUUGAUGUUGCUUCAACGGAAUGAGAUCGACCAAAACUUGAUAAUAUGGGGUUGGUGGAUGGCCAGUAGUGAGGACUGGGUCUUGGUCAACCAAUUACAAUUCUGGAAUUGGUUAAAUAUGCUAAUAUUGCUUGGGUUGUACACAUUGGAACUAUUUACGGAGACCGAAGAUUGA